AUGAUUAAAUUGAUAGUCACAGUAAGCCAUUUGAUCUAAUUUUUUGUUCACUCUUGGUUUAUGUAUCAAUAAAUGUUGGCAUUCAAUCCUGGAAUUUUAGAUGAAGCUUUGUGGAAUCAAGUGAAAUACUUGACUAAUUUUUCGAAUUGGGCUAUGUUUACUUAUUUAAUACCUUUUGUGAUAUACGAUCUCAAAAACUAUAAUGCUAAGAAAAUUCAAGAUAGAUAUCCAUAAAUUGUGAAUUUACUGUUUCAAGGACUUAAUCCUAUUUUAUUUUUAGUGAUGGCAAGUUAUUAGAGUUUUAUCAUAAUUGAUCCUAAACUUUUGGUUUUGGAUGGGUUUUAUCCAACCGAAUGGUAAAUGGUAUUGCUUGCAUAUUUGCAUCUCGGAAACUGGCUAUUGAUGUAAGAUAAUAAUGAUAUUUAUUUUUAGGUAAAUAGAGUAUAUCCUAUAUGAACAUUAACAAGUUCCAAAAUUAAAAUUGUUUGUAUUCUUUUUCGCAUACACUAUCAUUUAUUUUAUAAUAUAUGGUAAAUCAAAAUAAUAAUGCAUAGGCUGUUAUUUCUAAGUAAAAGGAAAGCAUGUAUAUGGUUUCCAAAAAAGAUUAAGUCUUCCCAUAAUUGUCGUGUUAAAUAUAUUCUAAUUUUCUAUAUUAUUCUUUGUCGACUUUGUAUAUGGAAAAGUGACCAGAUCAAGUGUGUUCAAGAAAUUAGUAUUGGAGAAUCGUUUUUAGAAAAAUUAGAUUGAGGGGGAUCAAAAGAAGAAAUAAUGA